UCUCUCUCACACACACACCCAAACACACACACACACAUUCAUGUGCUGUCUGUCAGUGUGAACUGCAAUUUCAUAACUAAAGUCUAGAAUUCCUCUCCCAGCCUCUCACCUUUGUGUCAGUCCAUACUGUUAGUCCUAGCCCUUCUUCUGGAAUCUCAACUCAACACCCACUUCCAACUUUUUCUUUGCCUUCUUUCAAUCAUAGGAAUUUAUUAUUUACAUCAAUCUUCUCACUUCUAUAAAUUAUUCUAACAUGUCUACAAUACCCAUGUCUUAGACUCUUGAAUUUAACCAAUCUCAUCAAUUUAUUCCUCACCAAACUCCUUUUCUCUGCUUCAACAUUUUGGUUUUUUUUUUUUCUUCCUCUUCCAUGAAUGAAGCUGAAAUGGUCAUUCCUUACUUGUUUAGAUGCCCAAUUAGUCUAGACUUGUUCACAGAUCCAGUGACACUAUGCACAGGCCAAACCUACGACCGGUCCAGCAUCGAAAAAUGGCUUGCCGCAGGUAAUCUAACAUGUCCUGUCACAAUGCAGAAGCUCCAUGAUUUAUCCAUAGUCCCUAAUCACACUCUUCGCCAUCUUAUCGAUCAAUGGCUACAAAUCGGCAACACAUUAAUCGAUUCUGAUUACUUCAAAAUCAUCGAUCCUGAUCCUUCCCUAGCCGCAGUUAAGCACAUCCUUGAGGCCCAUGAGUCCACCCUCGAAACAAAGCUUCAAACACUCGAAAAGAUCCUAGUUUUAGCCCAAGAAUCGCCAUCACGAAUGUCUUGUUUGAUCCAAUUAGGCUUCUUACCAUUGUUAUUGGAACUAGUUUUUGGAGGCCAAUCACAAUUCCAUGACAACUUGCAGUUUGUUGAACAAGCACUUGUUUGUGUUCUCAAAUUGUUGCCAUUUGGAAACUUGCAGCCUCUAAAAAUUCUCAGAAAUGAGUCCAAAUUAGCGCGCUUUCUAGUCCUAUAUGACCAUGGCACUAUGACUAUGAAGACAAGUUUGUGUCAUCUUGUGGAGGCGAUUUCUACUUCUUCAGAGACAAAAGAGCUCUGUGCUACACUUGGGCAGAAUCACGCGCUUCUAAACCGAAUGGUCCUUCUUCUCCAUGACAAUUCCGAGGCUUCUCAAGCCGGGAACAGAGUCGUAUCAGCAUUAGCUUCUUUGGAAGCUAACAGAGAGAGUUUGGUAAGAGAAGGCGCGAUAGAUGGACUCAUCACAUACAUUUUGAGUGCUGAAAGGCGAGAAAGAAGCUUGGCGCCAAUGGCAAUGGCAACACUUGAAGUGCUCCUAGGACUAGAGAGCGCGAAAGAGGCUGUGAUCAAUCAUCCUAAUGGCGUCAAUGCUCUGGUUAAGCUGGUUUUCAGAGUGUCGGAUCAUGGAGGCAGUGAGAGCGCUGUUAACGCGCUCACCAUCAUAUGUCAUGACUCGCUACGUGCCAGGGAGGAAGCCAUUUGUGCCGGUGUUUUGACUCAAUUGUUGCUGCUGCUGCAGAGCCAGUGCGGUGGCAGGACAAAGACUAAGGCAAGAAUGUUGCUCAAGUUGCUGAGAACUAUGUGGGGUGAGGAGCUAAGGCAUGUGUAAGAUGGUUUGAUGUGAUCAAGUGGUAAUUAUUUUUUUAUCAUUUGAAGCUUUUGUGUAUGGAUUUGCAUAUAUAACUGUAUACAAUAAAUAUCAAUUCAUGUA